AUGUCUUCCCUCAGCAUUGUCCCCGAAAAUUCUGGACCUAACCGCAUAGCCCUGGACGCGGAGCUGAUCUCACAAAUGUCUUCCCUCAGCAUCGGAUCCGGAAAUUCUAGACCUAACCGCAUCCGCGUCCCUCAAUCGGACUAUAGAACCUAUCCAAAGCAAAUCUGGGCGCCAAAACAGAUGUACAACAGCAUUUCCUUCGACUAUGUCGGUUCAACUGGCCAGGGCGUUUCGUUGGUCCAUCUCACCGCGCAUGAUGAAGAAGCUUUAGCUCCCCUGAUGGCCGGUGGGGACGAGCCUAUGGUAGAAAUCGAGGAUGCGGGCUAUUAUGAUUUCCUUCUUGCCAUUCACUGGCCCGGAUAUGAAAACAGGAUGCACUUCUUGGAUGGGGCAGUGACCCCUCUUGGGAUAUUCCAACCACUCGCCCCGCAAUGUGUCGUCUCCCGAGCUGGCCUCGCGAAAGAAGUGAGCAAGUGUAUUUUUAAGUUUGUUGUGAACACUGGACAUUCUCAUCUGAGGGGAAAUAUACCGGAGUGGGAUCUGUCUUUGGUUGACUUUACUAAGUUGACAGUGGUUGGUAUCCGCAACGCCCCGGGGAUUUGGCAGCCUGAAAUUCUCAUGGAUGUGGAGUGGGGAGUCGGCAAACCGGAUCUGCAGCAUGUAUGUUCUCUCUGUGUCCUUUCUCCUUAG